GGCACAGGCCUAUAUUUUAGUUCCAUUGUGAAAUCUUACAUCAGACUUUCUAGUAUCAUCCACUGUUUUGGUUUGGUUUGUUUUGGUUUGAUUGGUUUUUUGAAUUUUACAAAACUAAUGCCAGUAUCCCAAUAUUAAUAGAAUGCUUUUAAAUUAUGGCAGUACCUUUUCAGAAUACUGAUACUGUUCUCAUGACAAAUUGGAAAACAACCGGCAAAUUUAAAAAUUCUUUAUCCGUCUAACCUUAAAAUUCAGGGUGGAAAAACAUAUUUGAGGGUAUUCUAAAAUGACAUUUACUGUGAAUUACUUUAGGUUUUAUUUUUUAAGUCAUAAAAAUAAGAAUGAAUCCCUUAUUUUAGAUUGGGUUUUUAUUUUUACGUUUGGUCAGUUUGAAGGUGUAGCUAUUUUUUAAAGGGUUGUGAGUGGCAUUACAUUUUUAUCAGUUACAGAAUGAGUUGCACAACUCAAAAACUUUAGGUAAUCAAAAAUUAAGUUUGUUUUCUUUCCUGUUCUAGUUACCGGUUUACUAAAUAGUGAGCAUACAUGAUCACUUGAGAAUUGGGCUUCUGGAGCACCUGAACAGAAAGGGAGUGGUUCAUAUUCAGCAUUACAAAAGACAACUUUCUCUUUUUGAAGGGGAUUACUUUGGCUAUUUUCCAGUGUUUGAGCAACACACCUCCACUUACUGAGUAUUUCCUCAAUGAUAAGUAUCAAGAAGAACUGAAUUUUGACAAUCCCUUAGGAAUGAGAGGCGAAAUAGCUAAAUCAUAUGCUGAACUGAUCAAGCAAAUGUGGUCUGGAAAGUUUAGCUACGUCACCCCAAGAGCAUUUAAGACACAGGUAGGACGUUUUGCACCCCAGUUCUCUGGAUAUCAACAGCAAGACUGUCAAGAACUAUUAGCUUUCCUAUUAGAUGGACUACAUGAAGAUUUGAAUAGAAUUAGGAAAAAACCAUAUAUACAAUUGAAAGAUGCUGAUGGAAGGCCUGAUAAAGUGGUUGCUGAAGAAGCCUGGGAAAACCAUUUAAAAAGAAACGAUUCUAUCAUAGUAGAUAUAUUUCAUGGCCUUUUCAAAUCAACUUUGGUUUGUCCUGAAUGUGCUAAGAUUUCAGUAACAUUUGAUCCUUUUUGUUACUUGACACUUCCAUUGCCCAUGAAAAAAGAACGUACCUUGGAAGUUUAUUUAGUUAGAAUGGAUCCACUUACCAAACCUAUGCAGUACAAAGUGGUUGUCCCCAAAAUUGGAAAUAUACUAGAUCUUUGCACAGCAUUGUCUACUUUGUCAGGAGUACCGGCAGAUAAGAUGAUAGUUACUGAUAUAUACAAUCAUAGAUUUCACAGAAUAUUCCCUAUGGAUGAAAACCUUAGUAGUAUUAUGGAACGGGAUGAUAUUUAUGUGUUUGAAAUUAACAUCAAUAGGACAGAAGAUACAGAACAUGUGAUUAUUCCUGUUUGCCUAAGAGAAAAAUUCAGACACUCAAGUUAUACCCACCAUACUGGUUCUUCACUUUUUGGUCAACCUUUUCUUAUGGCUGUCCCACGAAACAAUACUGAAGAUAAACUCUAUAAUCUUCUCCUUUUGAGAAUGUGCCGAUAUGUCAAAAUAUCUACUGAAACUGAAGAAACUGAAGGAUCCCUGCAUUGCUGUAAAGACCAAAAUAUUAAUGGGAAUGGCCCAAAUGGCAUACAUGAAGAAGGUUCACCAAGUGAAAUGGAAACAGAUGAACCAGAUGAUGAAUCCAGCCAGGAUCAAGAACUUCCCUCAGAGAAUGAAAAUAGUCAGUCAGAAGAUUCAGUUGGAGGAGAUAAUGAUUCUGAAAAUGGAUUAUGUACUGAGGAAACUUGCAAAGGUCAACUCACGGGACACAAAAAACGAUUGUUUACAUUCCAGUUCAACAACUUAGGCAAUACCGAUAUCAACUACAUCAAAGACGAUACAAGGCAUAUAAGAUUUGAUGAUAGGCAGCUUAGGCUAGAUGAAAGAUCUUUUCUUGCUUUGGAUUGGGAUCCUGAAUUGAAAAAAAGAUAUUUUGAUGAAAAUGCUGCCGAGGAUUUUGAAAAACAUGAAAGCGUGGAAUAUAAACCUCCUAAAAAACCCUUUGUGAAAUUAAAAGACUGUAUUGAACUUUUCACAACAAAAGAAAAGCUAGGUGCUGAAGAUCCCUGGUAUUGUCCAAAUUGUAAAGAACAUCAGCAAGCCACAAAGAAAUUGGAUUUAUGGUCCCUUCCUCCAGUACUUGUGGUACAUCUCAAGCGAUUUUCAUACAGUCGUUACAUGAGAGAUAAAUUGGAUACUUUAGUUGAUUUUCCUAUCAAUGACUUGGAUAUGUCGGAAUUCUUAAUUAAUCCAAAUGCAGGUCCUUGCCGCUAUAAUUUGAUUGCUGUUUCCAACCAUUAUGGAGGGAUGGGAGGUGGACACUAUACUGCUUUUGCAAAAAAUAAAGAUGAUGGAAAAUGGUACUAUUUUGAUGACAGUAGUGUCUCCACUGCAUCUGAAGACCAAAUUGUGUCCAAGGCAGCAUAUGUACUCUUCUACCAGAGACAAGACACUUUCAGUGGAACUGGCUUUUUUCCUCUUGACCGAGAAACUAAAGGUGCUUCAGCUGCCACAGGCAUCCCAUUAGAAAGUGAUGAAGAUAGCAAUGAUAAUGACAAUGACAUAGAAAAUGAAAACUGUAUGCACACUAAUUAAUGAAAGUCCUAGAAGCCAUAAAAGAGAGACUUCCUGCUGGUGGUAUCUAUGGAAACGAAGUUACCCACCACAUUAAAACAAGUCUGAGAUGGGGAGUUUCAGAUAACCGAAUGUAAAUCCUUUAUCAGAUUUUAACUUGUGCAGUACUUGAAGUGAAACACAAUGAAAACUUUAACAGAAAUUGUCUCAUAAUACAUUUACAGUCUUGUAUUUACAAGCUAAAUAUAUAUAGGAAAUCACAAAUAAAUCCCUUUUAAGUUUG